CUCAGCUGUCAGUCAGUGGGCGGAAUCUGUCAUUCUUUCGGUCAUCAUUAAAAGGUGAAAAUAUGGCGAUAUUUUUGUGCGAGUAGUGAAAAAUUUCCACCCAAAACGUUGCCUUCGUUCGUGCCUUGUACACAGUGGAUCGGGAAGCCCGAAGACCGGUCCGAGCCGCGAGAGUGAUGAGUUAUCAGAUAACACUGCAGGAUUGCAUCAAUGAUAACACCUUCGAUAUCGAUGCAUUCGAACGAGCCAUCCAGCAACAGGUCCCGCAAUACUUUCAGAACCUGGCCGAUGAGAAUCCCCAGUUGGGUUCGCUAGGCUUGAUACCAUCCACGGAUGGUGAAAAUGGAUUUACAGCCGGCGGCAGAAGCAGAAGCGGUUCCGGCGGCAGUGGAGGCAGCAGUAGCGAAGAUAGUAUUCUGAUUGAAUUUGAGAAAAUUGAUGAACAGGAGGACGGAGGUUAUUAUGAAAACAAUACUCUAAACGAAGAAGGAGAGCCAUCGCAUGCUACAAUCACAAUAGAGGGACCUGACAAUCAAAUAUUGGCGCGCUAUCGCUGCAACUAUGGCAGCUGCAAUCGAAGCUACAGUACGGUUGGAAACCUACGGACUCAUAUGAAAACUCAUAGAGGUGAAUACAAAUUCAAAUGCACGGAGGAUGGCUGUAGUAAGGCGUUCCUCACUUCCUACAGCCAGAAGAUUCACAUUAGAGUACACACCAAAAUCAAGCCAUACGUAUGUGCCGAAAGCAGUUGCAGAAAAGCGUUCAACACACGCUACCGUUUGCGGGCCCACCAGCGGUUGCACAAUGGGGAGACGUUUAAUUGUGAGGUGUGUUCCAAGUUUUUCACUACAUUAAGUGACCUCAAGAAGCACUCGCGGGUCCAUACUCAGGAAAGGCCUUACAAAUGUAAAGAGGAAAAAUGCGGCAAGGCCUUUACUGCAUCACAUCAUCUGAAAACCCAUAUUCGAACUCAUUCGGGUGAGCGGCCCUUUUCCUGUGCCGUAUCCGAUUGCCAGAAAGCUUUCAGCACGCCCCAUAGUCUCAAAUCACACACUAAAACUCAUGAGAAACCUAAGAAAAAAUCCUCAAAAUCGGUUAGGAAACAGAGGAAAUUGGAUCGAGCCACAAAAACAGAACAAAGUAUAGUCAAGCAAGAGACCCACCCGGAACUGAUAAUUGAAGACGAGCUCCCGCCGUUGGACGAACCGGAAGAUGAGGAGGACCAGGAGCAAUUAGGUGUGCAACCUACUGAAGCUCCGUAUAGCUUGGUGGACUUCCACGAAUCCAAAGCUCUGGAAAUGGCACUUGCCUCCGAAGAGGAAUUCAACGCACCUUGGGUAGACAUAUCGGUGCUGGAAACGAAACCACUUGCAUUGGAUCCGGUGACAUCAUCUUGCGUGGCACUGCCCACCAGUGUUCCAUCCUAUGUCGAUCUUCCGUUCAACGUUAACGUGGCGGAUUUCGCAGAACCGGAGCAGAGCGACGGCAGCGGUGAGCUAUUCUUGGGCGGCUAUUACGAUGAGAAUUUACUGCAAGAAAGCGCAAGGAAAGAGAUUGACGAGGCAAUUCAUAUAAGCGAACAAAAUGUUGCAAAACUGGAACAGAUGGGCAAUCAAGAUACGGACACGAUUUUGAACGAGCUGUUCAUGGAAGGUAUACUACCUACGGGUUCGGAGCAACAGGAUACCAACAAUAAUGACUGUUCUGAACCAAUCAAAACACUGAAGGAUAUAACGGCGGAUGCAGACAUUUGUCGGUGUGUCAAUUGUCAAUGCGAUCCUCACCAGGGUUGUAUCGGUGGGUGUGGCCCGGAACGUCCGUGUAGACCUCAAUCGGCAUCCACUCAUCAGCAGCAGCAGCAGCAACAUCAAAUGGCCUCUCUUCCAGCACUAGUAGAAAGUCUCAAUUCGUACCAGGAUCAUCAACCGGAACCGACUGAACUCGCUUUGGGAAAUAUGUGUGAUGGUAAGAAAGUACCACCCACGCCUAGUUCAUCAUCCGGCAAAGGUUGCUGUUCGUCAAAGUCGUCCAGUACAACACAGGCGGCGGCAACAGCGGAACCGAUCUCCGAACUGCUGACAAGCCUCAUCGGGCAGCAGAGCUGCGACUGCAGGGGCCCUGCGGAGGGUAUCUCCAAGGGAUGCUGUGUGGUGAUCUGUUUGAAGACGCUGGAAACUCUUAAACAAGUGCUUACCACGCAGCCGAAUCUGAUUCGGUGCCAUAGUGCCAGUAGCAGUGCCAUUGCAAAUUAGAAACGAAGUGUAGAAGGGCCGACACGGAACAAAUACUUUUAAAUUUAUUUUUAUUUACGUGACUUUGAAUUGGAUUCAUUCGUCAUGUACAACACAAAACGGAACAAAGAUUAGUCAGAUAGGUUUUAAUGUUAUUCGUUCAAAGUGCCGUUUACGA